GCUGUAACAUGCAAGUGAACUAGAGGAUUCAAGAUCGACCUAAACAACAAUUUAUGAGCAAUGCCAACCAUUGAACAAGGUAAGUAUACCUAUGGAGAAUGCGACUAACGACAAUAUAAUUUGCAAACAAAGUCUGGUGUAAACAACAAUAAAGAACGAAAUAUUAAAUAGGACAAUCGGUGACUUCUUUUCGCAGUAACAGUUCAAGCGGGAACCGGUGAUGCCGAAAUUGUUUAACUCCAUCACUUCAGUACAACUUUCUAGGUAAGGUUUUGAUACGUGUAUUACGUUUUCGCUUUACGGUGACUUGUGUAUAAAUGAGCCUAGAUGAAGCCCCUAAACCCCAUCUCGUGCUCCAUAACUCCUGUUUUCUACAUUUCAGAUUUCCAAACAUAAGAUUACUAGCUUCAUUCUUCUGCAAACUACUUAUCAAUAACAACAGCCUUAACCGUACACAAAGUCAUAUUGUCUAUCCUAUUACAUUGUUUUUAUAAGGAUGUCUUCAUCUACCAACUCUUUGAUGAAACCGCUGUCUCCAAGGAAUAUCGAGCCUCGUUCUCGUAGUAAAGUGACUGUUAUAGGUGUUGGAAUGGUCGGAAUGGCUGCAGCAUUCUCUACCAUGCAAGUGGCAGGAGAACUCGCACUUAUUGAUGUCGUAGCAGAUAAGGUUAAAGGAGAAGUUCUUGAUCUACAGCAUGGUCAACAGUUUAUUGGCAGGUGCAAAAUUGAUGGGGGAACCGACUACAAAUACUCUGCAAAUUCAGAUAUUGUCGUCAUCACUGCUGGUGCCAGACAAAACGAAGGAGAAUCACGACUGAACCUUGUUCAGCGUAAUGUUGAUAUAUUCAAGAAAAUAAUACCGAACAUUGUGAAAUACAGUCCAAACUGCAUCAUAGUCGUCGUAUCGAACCCUGUCGAUAUUUUGACAUAUGUUGCUCGAAGAUUGAGUGGAUUUGAAGCUCAUAGAGUAAUUGGGACCGGAACCAUGCUUGACUCGGCGAGGUUUCGUUUUCUGUUAGGUGAGAAAUUGGGAGUAUCUGCCAAUUCUGUCCAUGGGUAUGUAAUUGGUGAACAUGGUGACUCGAGUGUUGCUGUUUGGAGUAAUGUGAAUGUUGCUGGAGUUCGGCUGUCUUCUCUAAAUCCAAAGAUAGGAUGCAAAGAUGAUCCUGAAAAUUUCGAGGAAAUACACAAGCAAGUUGUCCAGAGUGCCUAUGACAUCAUUCGCUUGAAAGGUUACACCUCAUGGGCGAUCGGGUUGGCAUGUGGAUCACUUUGUAACGCACUACUAAAUAACCUUCAUACAGUUUAUCCACUCUCUGUUCCUGUCAAAGGAAUUCACGGAAUCGAAGAGGAUGUUUAUUUGAGUUUACCAUGUCUUGUUACUUCAGCUGGAAUCAGUCAUUUGAUUCCACCUGAACUUAGUGCGGAUGAAUUGUGUAAAUUGAGAAAAGUGCUGCCACUUUGAAUGAAGUGAUACAAAGAAUUAUUUGGUAAAAUUGAAUACAAUUAAAAUAACAGUCUGGUAGCGCAUCAACAUUGCAGUAAUUUCUGUACGUCACUGAUUAUUAUUUUCAUGUUUUACGUUAAGAAAUUUGUUUUCGAAUUACUUAAACAAAACUCUAUGAUGCUUGUUUUAUAACACAUAGCUGAGUGCUUACGUUGACAAUUAAAUAUAAAUUUGCGGUCCACUAAAUACAGUACUAAUUGUGUUUAAAUUCUUUUCAUUGCAUCAGGGCGGUUACAAACAAGUUUUCUAUAUCAAUAGAUGAACGCUGCUAGCACCUGUCUAUGUUUAGUAAAUCAUACCAAGCAGAAAUCUGUGUAGCGUAAUCAACAUCCUAACCAAUCAAUUUCUCUUUUCAAUUAUCAGGACGCUUUCAUUUCAUGCUAAUUUACGUGCUUACUGUCAUGGAUUCGAUUAGUUGUUAAACGCAAGUGCAUUUUACGAACUUACGAAUUUGUCGUCUCAUUUUUGUUUUGUUCUUUAAUAUUUAUAAUUCUCAAACAUGUAUUACUUUACAUACUCCUCCUUCUUUAGCGCACAACGUACCUUCGCAAUAGACGAAAGCCUAUCAAAGUCUAAACGCUACAUCGAUCAUAGCAUCAUCGUUCUUUUAAUGACAAACAAAAGUAGUGUAUCACAGUAAUAACUGAUCAGGUCAGGGUACCGUGAAUGGUUACUGAACAUUUCAAGUGCUUUCAGGUUUAAAUAAGUCAGUAAUGAGACCUUUGAGGGACUGUAAAAUCAUAUAUCUCGUUAGAACUGAACUGCAUAUCACUGGAUUGGUACGUUCUUAGAACAUAUAAUAAUCAGAAACAAACAAUAACGGUUCAUCAAAGCAUGUGAUGACUCAAAUAUUAAUGCACCAAAUAUUCUCCAUGUUAAAUGUAAUUCGACAUGGAUGUCACGUACCCUUGACUUGUUCUCAAGUCUAUGGAGUCUACGCAGAUUUUACUGAUUCUAGUGAUUUCUCAGUCUUCAGAUAAGAUUUAGAAUGCGGCAGUUUCACUUUCGAUUAACAGUUACGAAUGUUACAACUAAGUUCUCGUAUCAAGAAUAUCCGAGGACCGACUGGUCAUUUCUUGAAGCGUAUUUCUUGUAUGUAGUCAGUUAUGGCUUACGCAGUAAUACUUCACUUUUUAUGAAGUUAUACUCACUUACUUGGUUCAGAUCAUCUAAGAUUUGGGAAUUGUGUUUGAACCUUCAUCAAUUGGUAAAUCUUGUUAUUCCCCGUGUCCCGUCAAAUACUACGUGACAAAAUCACCAAUGAGAAUACCGACAUCCAUGACGUUGUCUCUGUGCUAAACUAGUGAUGCGUUGACCAGCACUAGCAAUGUUAAGUCAACUCUGAGCCUAAUCGGUCCUCUGUAUAGUAGCUUCUCGCCCAACUCAGUCCGUCCAGUCCAGAACACAAAUAUCGGUCUCCGAUAUGUGAAUCGUAUAUUUCAGAUAUACGUGGUUUUUAUACAGGCAAACUAGACCGUAUCACACCAUAGAAUGAGAAGUAAUAAUUAUACAAGACCGAUCCAAAAUUGGGUAUGUGUGUGGUAUACUAAGACGAAUAAACUGUGAAUACGUUAACAGUAGCCAAUAGGUCAAAUGGACGAUUUUGAUAAAAGGGAAUAUGUAUAUAUACAUAAUCUAGUUACUUAAUUAUUACCCAAUAGGAAUAUAUUUAAUGACAGUCCGUGGACAAUUCAGAGCAGUUAUCAUUCAUUUAUUAUUAGUUCGUAUAUAACAUUUGUACAUCGUGAUAUAAGAGUAAGAAAUCAUCAGUAGAUUUCUUCAGCCAUUCCGAAUAACUUGGAUCUAGUGGAAUAGUACUUCUACUUGCACAAGUCAAUUUCGUCCACGAACUAAGUGUGCCGACAACAAUAUCUGAAUAGAUUGCAUAUGACAAACAUAAAAUCUCACCACCACGUUACAGUUUGACUAUGUAAAAACCAACUGAAAAUUUUGUAUUUGAGUGUCAUCUACCCUACAAUUGUCGUAUGACGGUCCACAAGCAGGGGAAUCAAACGUUUUGAUUUUGUGAAUGGUUUGACCUAUUUAUUUACAACAAGCUUCCGUUUGAUGAAAGUUUAGUACAUUGUUAGGAUGGACUUUCAAAAACGAAUUCACAUCAUUCUCCUUAAAAUCAAUAUCAGUCAAAACGAUGACAGACGGUAGUAUUGGCAAACAAAAUUUGAGCGUUCUCAAGUUUCAAAAUGUCGUACUAACUACUAGACAUCGGAUAUGUACAUGUAGUACGCGCGCCUUCUUCGAAACCUAGUGUAAAAUUGUUAGUUAAUAGCAUUUAUAGGACUGAACUGGACACUUUCCCCUGUUGUGGCUUCAUUCGCUGGAUUUUGAGACCUGACUGUCUUUCAAAUACCGAUUCCGUUCCAGUCACCAGAAAUUAUGAUCAUCUGUGAGGUGAAUAGGUGACUAUUUGUAAUUUCUUAGACUGAUUAGGUAGUAGAUUAGUCUACUUCCAAAACAAGUUAAGUUCAUUCAACAAUUGGAAGCAACUACUUGACAAAUGCGUAAGGUGUUUACAAUAUUCUUUCCUGGUGAUUGGACUGUUGAAGUUUAUUACCUUCCACUCAUACACCUUGUGCUUGUCCUCCGGAAUCACAAACAUUGUUUGCUUUUGUUGAUGUGCAUUAUAUAUUCAACUCGUUUUUCUAUCGAAUUAUUUGCAUUUAGAGAUACCAUUCUGGAUGUCAAAUAAUAGAUUGCUAUUACGAACGAAGUCUGGCUAUUUUUAACAUUUUGUGAGUUAAAUAAAUUUUGAGGGUUAAGUCUCCAACGUCCUUGUUGUCACUUUGACAGCAGUAAUAAUAUUAAGGUAUUGUAACACUCAGUUGGGGCACUGGAAAUGGCGUGAAAUCUAGUCAAAGUUUUUAAAGAUAACCUGAUGGAGUUUUGAGUUUCAAGUUCUGUUUAUCUUUUCAACCAAAAAUAUGUCGAAUUUACCUAUUCUUGCCGAUUCUUGUAAGAAGAAAAAUAAACGUAUUUGUGACAAACGUAAUGUGUUAAAAAUGUUUUCAAACAUGUGCUUUCUCUAGAAUUUGUAAAUUCUAUUGCAAAGGUAGUUAACGGUAAUAACACUAAUAUCUUUUUCUUGUGAGGCUUUUGAUGUUUUGGGCCUAUUUAAGAACAGUUUGUGCUCAUUUGUGUUUUCUGACUUUUCAAAAUAUAUUAAUUUUCUACGAAGUCUAUUUUGAAAUCUUUAUAAAUUUUUCUGUAAAUAAACUAAGUAGUUUUAUUGCUGAUCUUCAUAUUAUUAUCGUAAAUAAUAAAUGAUUCCGGCAUAUUCUCGCAUCAUUCAUCUUAGGGGAGGCUUUUUUGUGAUAGAAAUAGCGCAAUUUAGACCAAGAAGAACUAGAUGAGCACGAACGAAUGUACUGUAUUUGGAAUUCGAAAUCAGGCAAUCGUCGAGUACAAAGGAAUUAUUAGCUUAUAGAAACGCCACGAUUCCACAACUACAAAGAAAGGUGAGAAGCUGAAGCUUUUCAUAUAUUGCUUGGUCAUACGACCCCCAGUAGAAAAGAAGGCCUCACAAUUCACCCGACUACGACCACCUAUACGAGCUACCAUGUCUCAUUCUAUUCACAUCUCACAUUAAUAUCGUACAUACAGACUCAACUCGAUCCUAUCGCGCCACAAAUGUCACAUUUUUUCAUCUUUCAACAUACAUACACAAACAUGCCUCAAAUAAAUCACCUUGACAUGAAUGACAAGACAAUGAAUCAGUCAGAGAUAUUUUUGAUUGAUCGCACCAAAUAUUUUCCCCUUGUUCCUUAGUACAAUUUAAACUUGUGAUAAUUUAGAUUAUUUGUACAUUAUCUAAAGAAGUGGCCUACACGAAACGUCAGAAAAUUCAAAUAUUGCAUUAUUCCACACAUUUGAAGAACUUGAUCAGUUUUGAUGCCAUUGUUGAUGAAAUUAUUUCAUAGCACAAUCAGUCAAAUGUUAAUUUAUGUUUUUUAUUCUAUGCAUUAAUGAAAAAUCAUUCAAACUGUUUCAAAUAUGAAGAGGUCUGCAAGUAGUUCUACUGUUUUCGAUCCUUCCGCCACACAUUUAGUUUAUUUAAAUAUAUCGUUAUCGAAAGAAGACUAGUCAUUGAGCCUACCUCUUUAGCAUAAGAUCUCGAUGAGUGAUAAGUAUACUAACACGUAACUUAGUCAAUCUGAUUUAGUCAUACCAUACAGCAUACUGCUCUUAUUAGUAGGAUACUUGGACCAAACAGAUGUUAUAUGGAAAAGGAAAUACCUAUAUUAGAGUAGUUUACAGUUUCACCACAAUUGAAUGGAUUAUUAUUAUUGCGGAAAACAGCUUUCGAAAUAUCUAACACUUUAAGAGAGUUACUUUCAGCCAAAAAUACCGACAAGAUCAACUUGCCAGGUUAAAAGCAUCGGAAACCCAUCAUGCCCAAGUGAUAAUUGUUGUAAUCCAUCACGGUUUAAGAAUAUAUCAAUUUGAAGAACAACAUAAUCUCCCACUGAAUACUGAAUGGUUAAGAUCAAAAGAAAAUACUCUGUUAUCUGAAUAGUAGCUCAAUCAUUAAUUGAGUUUAGUUUAUUUAACAAAUGACUAUAAAUACAACUGUAAAAGUAGUUAGUAUUAUAAUUUUUUUCGUUUGGUAUAUUGAUUCAACCAUAAAGUAUAAAUAUCCAUCACUCAUUAAAAAUCAAUUUCGAAACUCACCAUAUAGUUAUUUCAAUAAACACAAUACAUUUGUGUUGAAAAACAACAAGAAGAGAAGUAGAAGCAGAACUUGAUUUAAGUUUUAUUUCAAUGAUUGAUGUCAUGAAUUCAGCAAAGUGUUUGAAUUAGGAAUAUUUUCUGAUAUUAUUGUAAUGUCAAAUUUAUCAGCUUAUGUCUAAU